UAUGUGACUGCAGUGCAUGGAUUAUACUUCAUGUAUCAACACAAAAAGAUGAUGCUUGAAGGACGGGUUCUCUAUCGAUCCAUCCGCUUUCUACCAGCGAUAUAAUCACGUUUUGUAUUAAGUUAAAGAUAGCAACAGAAAUGUUUACGUUCCGGCUGCAUGGAUGUUUUCAGACUUGUUUAUCAAACAAUUUUCCCAUAAAGAGGUCCCGAGACGUGCUUCUUACGUCAUCUUUCGGCGCCGACUACCAAGACUGUAGGACAUAAUCGAGCAUGGGACACCUUGGAGGUUUAUUUCUCUUGAUAUCUUGCAUCAGCCAGCAUCGCAUUUUAGAUGCUGUAGGUCACAUUCUCCCUGCUUGCCAUGACCAACUGGAGUUCAGUUGCAAAGAUGGCUCGUGCAUUCCAAGCGAGAAGCGUUGUGACCGACACAGCGACUGUGACGACGGAUCAGAUGAACAGCAUUGCGGUCAGCUAGGGUGUAAGAAGGACGAGUUCUCCUGCCUCAGCAGCAGACGAUGCCUACCCUCACGCUUGUCGUGUAACGGCGUGGAUGACUGCGGCGAUGGCAGCGACGAGCACUCCUGUCCGAGCUGCGCCGCCGGCCUCUUCUCCUGCGGGCCAUCCGACCGCUGCCUGCACAAACGCCGGUUGUGUGACGGACACAUGGACUGCAAAGACGGGCGGGAUGAGAUCCAGGAGUUAUGUGGUUUGAGGCCAGCCAGCCGACUGAGCGCUCCCUCUUGUGAGGUGUCCGAGUUUGAUUGUGGUGACGGCCAGUGCGUCCCUCACGCUUGGAGGUGUGACAACAAAGCAGACUGUUCAGAUGCCAGCGACGAGGACAACUGUGAGCAGAACGAGUGUCUGGUCAAUAAUGGAGGCUGUUCCCAUCAUUGCGUGGACACAGGGAUGGGCUUCCACUGUGAAUGUCCUGAUCACAUGAGACUUGUCGGGAAUAGUCACUGUGAAGAGGUGGAUCUUUGCCUGGAGAGCGACCUUUGUGAUCAAAUGUGCGUUCACAUUAAUGGCACCCUCUCCUGUGGCUGCCUCGACGGAUAUCAAUUGAGCCCUACGAGCGGAGACUGCAAGGCAAAAGGGGUUGAUGCAAAGCUGCUUGUGUCCACAUCUGAGGGAGUUAUUGAGGUGGGCUUUGGUGGUGCAACCUCUAGGACUUUGGCAGUAAAUGUACCCGGACCGGGGCCUCUGGCAGCCUUGGAAGUUAAAAACAUCCUGUACAUGGCUCAGCAAGGACAGGGGUCCAUUUACAGGGGUCACCUAAGUGGAGAAGCCCAGGAUGCUACAUUGGCGCUGAAUGUUCCCGGCCCUAUCUCAGGCCUGACCCUGGAUUGGAUCCAUCGUCUUCUGUUCUGGACCUCUUUGGAGAGUGAUUCCAUCCAUGUCAGUUGGGUUGAUGGCUCCCAGCAGCGCCAACUCCUCAAAGGACUGGACAAGCCUUGUGCGCUUACGGUGGAUCCUCUGCAUGGACUGCUCUUCUGGGCGCAGUGUGGCAGCCCACCAAAAAUUCUCAGGGUGAACUUAGAUGGUCAGGACAAAAUGACUUUGGUCACCUCUCUCCUAUACCAUCCGGUUGCUCUUACUCUGGAUAUGCCUCGCCAGUUGCUGUACUGGCUUGAUAGCGGCAUGAGAAGCAUCUCCCGAGUGAAACUAGAUGGGCGUCACCGCAAAACAGUGGUUGAGUCAAACGGCUAUCUGGAUAAGCCUUUUGGGCUGGCGGUGUUUGAGGGUUUUGUGUACUGGAGUGACCAAGACACGCGCUCCAUCUGCAGAGCCAACAAGCACAGCGGCAGCGACUUCCAACGACUUCUGACAAACGUCACCUCCCCAGGCGGCAUCGCCAUCAUUCACCCUGCUCUUCAACCUCACAGCAACGCUGCAUGCGGCAGCCCCAGGAGGGUGUGCGCGCACGGAUGCGUUGUUAAUCUCCUUUCGGAGACUCCCAGCUUUCACUGUGUUGGAAUGGGCCACAAUGGAUCGCAUGGCAUUCCUGCUAUUUCCCGCGCCAUUCCUGCGUCACGUUUGUCUGAUCCUCGAUUCGCAGGAAUCCUCUCGCUAAUUGUGUUCCUCAGUGUGCUGCUGGUGGGAACGGUUCUGUGGUGGUGGAGAGAGGAGUUUCGGCCCGUCAGGAAUCUGACAAUGCAAAGCUUUUCCCUCGAAGAGUCCCAGGACCCGCUCAUCCAGGAUCCACGUGCAUGUCUCAGCAAGGAAACUCCUAAGCUGAACUUGGACAGUGAAUGAAGACGCUGGCUGUGACGCAGACGGACGGAUGCCUUCGCCCCACAUUGUUACAAACCCCUGGCGAGCUGCUGGGACUAGCAACCAAUCACUCGAAUGCGGCCCAGUUCUCGUUGCGGGUUCCAAAAAGACCUGACUUUAAGGUUUCGAUCUGAGUUUGGACGAGCCAAAAGGUUAUUCGCACAUCGCCUUUGAUUACUUUCACCUCCUGUGACUCCAAAUGCUGAAGGUGGUCAACUUUAUUUCCUCCUAGAAAAGCGCUAUGCGCUGUGUCCUUGGACUUAGAAUAGUAGUAAUGACCUCAAGGCCUCCUUGUUCUUUGAGUCCUUCAGAACUUACCAGCAGUGUUUUAGCUGUCGCUCUGAUGCAGGCAAAGCCGAAAUCAGUUUAGGUUGGUUUGAUACUUGAAAAUGUUAAAUUCUGACGCGAGGAAUUCAAGUUCUCACUUCCGAGAUUUGUUUCAGUUGUUGCUUUGUUUUGAAUAUGUAGUGGCAGUUGCAAAACCUGAGCUUAAACUUAGUGGAAAAACUGGAGACAUAUAUGUUUGUUUUUGUUUUUUUAAAUUAUUUUGUGCAGAAAUGAGUGCCUUCACUCCAAAAUAUAGACAUUGUCUUUAAAUGUUAUAUUUUUCCAUGUUUCCUUUGGCAAAAUAGGACAGGAAAUCUGCCUCUGAUUUGUCACCAUGUCGUCUCGAA